CAGCUUUUUAUUCUUUAAUUUAGUAACUGUGCUUUGUGUGGCGUCUCUCUGAGUUUCAACACACACUGUGCAAGUGUUGCCACUCCCACAAACUCUUCUUCCCAAUUACCCAAAUGUUGUAAGCCACACACAAAGAACUGGUAUUUCAGUUGAACGUAUAUUUUUCAGUGUAAGAAUAAAAACCAACACUUGGCGUUUGACUUGGCAUCUUUGCAGCGAAGAGAGAAAAAAAAAACCAGAGAGUGAGAAGAAGAACAUGGUGGUGGCGGAGUCUGAGAUGAACUCGCAAAACGACGUCGAAUCUCCGAUAGAGUUGGAGCAACAGCAUAACGUGAACAAGAAUCACCCAUUCUCUUCACUGGGAAGAGAAGCUUCUUCCAUCUACUCCCUCACCCUGGACGAGUUCCAACACACGCUAUGGGAGAGUGGCAAGAACUUUGGGUCCAUGAACAUGGACGAGUUUAUCAGCAGCAUAUGGUGUGCAGAAGAAACUCAGAUUUUAAACAACAGCAACAGCAACAACAUUAAUAACAACAGCUUCUCUCUGAAUGAAGCUUCGGCAGAAAAAGGGUUGAUAAGGAAGCAACCCAGCCUUCCUCGGCAAGGGUCUCUAACGCUUCCUGCACCUCUGUGUAGGAAAACAGUGGACGAGGUUUGGUCUGAGAUACACAAACAACAACAACGGCAACGGCAACAACAACAACAGAACAACGACAACAAUAACUGUGGGAGUGUUAAUGAUGAUAACAAUGCUCAAAAUACCGAAUCUGCCCGCCGCCAACCUACCUUCGGAGAGAUGACAUUGGAGGACUUCUUGAUAAAAGCUGGGGUAGUUAGGGAACAGUGUCCCAUUGCAAUGCCAGUUCCAGCUUCUACAAGUCAAAAUCAGCAUUUGCAGCAGCCGUAUGGCUUCUUUCCUAAUAACAACCGUACAAUGGAGCCUUCUUUUGUCGGAAGGCAGGUGAUGGGGGUUGGCGGCGGCGGCGGUGUCGGAAGUAGUGCUGGUGGGAAUGUGGUUAGACCACCUUAUCAGAUGGUGACUAAGGGUGGGGGUAACAGUGGUGGUGGUGGUGGUGGUGCAGUUGGACAGUGUUCUGGGUAUCCGGCGGCAGUGCCGGCGGCGGUUUGCUUUGGACCGAGGGUGGUGAAUGGAGGCGGUGGUUAUGCGGCAGUGAGUAACAUGGGAGUGGUGGCGCCGGUGAGCCCGGUUUCGCCGGAGGGGAUAAGUACUGGUGAAAAUUUCGGUUGCCGGUUUGGGAUGGACAGAGGUGUGUCAAGAGGGAGAAAGAGGAUGUUUGAUGGGCCUGUGGAGAAGGUGGUGGAGAGAAGACAGAGGAGGAUGAUCAAGAACAGAGAAUCAGCAGCCAGAUCCAGAGCAAGAAAACUGGCAUACACAGUUGAAUUAGAAGCAGAAUUGAACCAGUUGAAAGAAGAGAACGCCCAACUUAAACUCUCACUGGCUGAUCUUGAAAGGAGAAGAAAGAAACAGCUUUCAGAGGAAGGGAAUUUGAGAGUUCAAACCAUUCAAAAGGCCAAAAAGAAAUCGAGAUCAUUGAGAAGGACCAUGAGUUGCCCUUUAUGAGAAAAUGAUCUAAUGUACAAACGGAUGUAGUUGCUUGUGUUGUUUUAAUGAUAUUUUCAAUGUCAAAUAAAAAACAUCAUGUACACUAGUUUUCUUCGUUUCA